UGCCCCACUGAACUUCACUCUUCAGAGAGCAAGACCCCAGCCUGUGGCUCUCAGUGCCCUUGCCAUCUCUACAGGAAGCAAGAUGGAGACCUGGACCCUGCCGGGCUGCUUCUCAAAGGGCCUCCUGUUCUCAGCCUUGUUCCUGGCCCUUGAGCUGCCCCAAGGCUCACAGGCAGCCCUCCACAUCGAGAUGAUUCCAGAGCAGCCUCAAAAGAACCAGGACCUUCUUCUGUCCCUUCACGGUGUUCCCAGCACUGCCCAGGACUUCAUCUGGUACCUGGGGGAGGAGACUUCUGGAGGCACAAGGCUAUUCUCUUACAUCCCCGGACUACCCCGGCCCCAGAGGGAUGGCAGUGCCAUGGGACAGCGAGACAUUGUUGGCUUCCCAAAUGGCUCCAUGCUGCUUCGAAAUGCCCAACCUUCAGACAGUGGCACCUAUCAGGUGGCCGCCACCAUGAACCCUGCCUGGACAAUGAAGGCCAAGAUUGACGUCCAGGUGGCUGGUGCACGCGAGGUCUCCUCACUCCUCCCUGUCCAUGCCGGGAUCACGGUAGCCAUCAUCAUUGGGAGUCUUGCUAUCGGGUCACUACUUGUCUGUGGCAUUGCCUAUGUCCUGGUCACUCGAAGCCGGAAGAGCCGGAGCCCCAGGAAUCCAGCCACAGAGAAGCCAGAGGUGAACCUAAGUCCUGAAUCGGGUGACAGCAACAUCUAUGAAGUGAUGCCAUCUCCAGUCUUCCUGGUGUCUCCCAUCAGUGACAUGGAGCAAGGAAGCCCACCCAUGAGCCAGCCUCCACCUCCUCCACCAGCAUCUCAGGAGCCAGAGCCAGAGAACCAGCACUAUCAGGACCUACUAAACCCCGACCCAGCCCCAUACUGCCAGCUGGUGCCAACUUCCUGAUGGACCCUGGGCCCAGCCUGCCAGAAGACAGAAUCUCCGCUUCCAGACCUCACCCCUCAGGGCUUCACACCUAUAGAAAGGACACACGGGACACCUACAGGACAACGCUGCAGGGAAACUGGCAAGACGGGCUCUGC